AUGCUCGAAUUCACGCGGCACGGUGUGGACUGCGCGUUCCGCUGCUGCCUUGCCGGACCAAUCGGGUCAACUCGACCCAAUGGCGCCACUUCGGCGGGCCCCACGGCCAAGCAGAGUGAGCUGUGGGAAGUUUUGACGGCCCUGGCUGCAAAGGAGGAACAAGACGGAACACGAGUCUUGUCGUGCCUGGCACGAAAAGGGCUUGCGUCAGCCAACUUGUUGCCUGGUGGGGAUCGGGGUGGCUUGCGCAGCCCUUUCGCGCAGCCAGAUGGUGUUCCAAUGGGUCAGGCUUUGAAAAUUCCUGGGUGCCCACCGAUGACGUUCGCACGCGAUUUCCUGCCCAAGUGGUUCGCCGGCCGACGCCAUCGUUUACCCAACCAGGGCCCUUUUGGGGGCCAUGACAUCAACAGGGUACUGGUUCAACGCCUCUAUUGGGAUGAUUUCUUGUUAUGGCAGCUCCUUUUGUGUGCCAUCUUUGUGGUUGUCAAUGCUGAAGCCUGGGGCAGAACACAUCUCUGCGUCUUCAUUCCCAUCAGUGAGCGCUCCAAGAAGGAUGCUGCGCUGUCCAUUGCAGCACUUAAGACCUGGGCGAAGGAGGAGCUGCAGCGAAGGGCAGGUGCUCGUGUUUUCUUCGUCAGCGUGGGCAGCACACGAGGGACGCCUCUGGAAGCCUACACAGUGCAUGUGCCUGGAGAUUUAGAGGUGGGCUAUAAACGCCUGCCCGUGAGAAUCUUGAAGAUUUGGCACUAUUUCAGCGAAGACCGGUCAUGUGAUUGGGUCAUGAAGGCAGAUUCGGACACCUACGUCAACUUGCGAGCCGUCAGCGAUCGUUUGCAGUGCUUCGACAGUGCUGAGGAACAUUUCUUCGGCGCUGUGCACGCCAUCGUUCCACCGCGGCAUCUCCGCGAGAUGUGGUCCGCGCUAUAUUUUGCCCAUGGGGGAUCAGGUUACAUGGUGAGCCGCGGGCUGCUGCCCAAAAUUCGGGCUUCGGCGCCUGCGUGCUUGGAGGAUAUGUUGGAAAUGACCAGCGGGGACGCCAUGGAGGACGUGAUCUUUGCCUUGUGUUUGCAACGGCAACUGGACAUCCAGGUGAAGAGCUACGGCUUCCUGAAGCCCGUGACGCAUCGGCUCUGGGACCCGGCUGCGGAGCCUGAACUGGCCACGCAGGAAAUUGUGGUGAACUUUCAUCAAGCCCGAGACGAAUUGCUGGACCGCAGGCACGGUCCCGGAGAGCCCUUGCAACGCUUCAUGCAUUGGGAUGCACAGCCCCCACCGCUGCACGGCUGUAUCAUGGUGGCCCAUCCUGUGGAGAACGAAACGGACCUCCAUGAGGUUCACAGCCUGAUUUCGCGCGCUGCUCUGGCGCAACACCACGCCUUGGCCCUGCUGGAGGGUGAUGGCACGAGAGAUUUGGAGGCAGCGGAACAACUUCGAGAGGGCUCUCGUGCAGGGCAUGGCCGAUGCGUCGGGGACGUUCAUGUUGCGAGAUUCCUGCUUCAUGACCAGAUCAUCAACUCUGAGAACCGCUGUCAAUAUCGGUGUUUCCUCGCCACUGUGCUGUGGUGCUGCCACUGUGACAAGGUUUUGACGCUGCACACGCCAGGCAUGGCGACGCUGGGCUACCGCGACAGUGGCUCUGUGGUCCUGUCCAAGGCGGAAGCCCUGCGACAGGCGCAUGAGAAGGAAGGUGAACGGUCCAGAUUGAUGACCUGGUCCAAGCGCAAGAGUCCGCCCAGGAGGAAAAAGGAUGAACGUGAAGAGCGAGAAAAGGAAGAAGCGGCUGAAUUCGAGAUGAAACUGGAAAACAUCAUCCAGAAACGGCCGGACAAGCGUUUGAAGUGGCUGCAGAAGGGCAUGAUCAUGGUCGGCAGGAAGACCAUCAAGGCGAAUGCCUUCUUCGAUUUGAUCAUGGACAAGGUCUUCAUUUCCGAUGUGCCGGCCGAGAUAGGAACAAAAAUGAAGGCCUCGGUUCUCGCGAAUUUGCACCUCUUCUCUUCAAAGCAACAGAAAGCCCUGCAGAGCGUCUCUCGGUUUCAUCGUUUUCAACGUGUCGUUUUACGAACGGCGUUUUGGGAGCCGGCUAUUUCUGAUGGCAACAUAUGGCAACCCCAACAACUGAGGAUGUGA